GGUGGAGAGACUCCGGGACUUUCCUUGAAUAGUGACAGAUCCACAGCUGCUGUUGAUUGCCGUCAGUUAGCAAAACGGUCUGACCGGGGCCUGAGACAUUAGAAAAAAAGUCACUUCUCGAAAGGAAGUUAGAAUUUCUACAUUAUUUUUUGAAAGCAAGGCUUUCAUUGGGUGCCUGCCUGCAGUGACUCAACUUAGCCUGGUGUGUGCUGCAGGGUGGUUCAAGGACGUCUUCUGAGGGAAGUAGCCUGAACGUUUCGUAUUGAAUGGCACAGUAGAAAAAUUCACCCGAGUGAAGGCUGAAUGUAACAAGUGCAAACAUGGCUACGCCGCGACAGUUUGGGAGAUCCACCAGGGACAUUGCCAAUGUGAUGCAGAAAUUGCAAGAUGAGCAAGAAGCUGUGCAGAAGAGAACUUUCACCAAGUGGAUCAAUUCUCAUUUGGCCAAGCGCAAUCCGCCUAUUGUGGUCAAUGACCUGUUUAUAGACAUUAAAGAUGGGGUCAUGCUACUUGCCCUGUUGGAGGUUCUGUCUGGACAGAAACUGCCUGGAGAGCAGGGCCGCAAGCUAAAGCGCAUCCACUGGGUGAGCAACAUUGGCACUGCCUUGAAGUUUCUGGAGGGUCGACGGUCUAUGUACAGAGGAUCACCGAUCAAACUGGUGAACAUUAAUUCGACUGAUAUUGUCGAUGGCCGUCCGUCAAUUGUGCUUGGUUUGAUGUGGACCAUCAUUUUGUACUUCCAGAUUGAAGAAUUGACAAGCAAUCUGACAUUACUUUCGUCACUGUCCAGCAGUACCUCCUCUGUGGACAGCCAGGUCAACUCUGAAACUGCAAGUCCACCAUCCAAGAGGAAGGUUGUCACUCCGUUUAAAGGAAAUGCCAAGAAGGCGCUUCUGAAAUGGGUGCAGUACACAGCAGGAAAGCGGGCGGGGAUUGAAGUGAAAGAUUUCGGUCCGAGCUGGAGGAGUGGUUUUGCCUUUCACUCGGUUAUUCACGCUAUUCGACCAGACUUAACAGACUUAGAAAAGGUCAAGAGUCGCUCGAACAGGGAAAACCUGGAUAAUGCUUUCACCAUUGCUGAAUCUGAACUGGGAAUUCCAAGGCUCUUGGAAGUUGAAGAUGUUGAUGUUGAUAAACCAGAUGAAAAAUCGAUCAUGACCUAUGUAGCUCAGUUCUUGAAGCACUAUCCAGACCCUAAGGGCACAAAUGAUGGCGUGGAAGAAGAUCGAGAGGACGGAAUAAUGCAGAGGGAACUGAAGGCCUGGCUGGAACAAUUCGAAAGGGACCUUAAAAGGGUUCAAGUAAGCGAAGCAAGUCUGCAAGAACGAUACCUGAUGUUUAGAGGUUUUCGAGCACAAUAUGACAUGAAGAAGAAGUCGACUGAGACCCUAAUUCAACCGUUACAGAAAGAUGGGAAGCUGUUGUUGGAUCAGGUCAUGGUGAAGCAAGCGUGGGAGAGAGUUACUGCUAGACUUCAAGAAUGGCACAUUCAACUGGACAAAUCACUCCCUGCUCCCCUGGGGACCAUAGGCGGCUGGCUGCACAGGGCAGAGGCUAUUCUUGCAGAAGAAAUUGUAAUACAGGAAGCCCACGACGAAACAGCCAACAUCAUCCAAAGGAAAUUGGAGCAACAUAAGGAUGUGAUGAAGGUUUUAGAGAGUCAUCGACAGGCAUUCCAUCAGAUCCACAGGGCAGGAGCUGUAAACAGGAUCCCCAUCCCACCUGAGCAACUGGAAGAUAUGGCAAAAAGAUUUCAUUUCAUUACAACUGCAUCCACACUCCAUUUAACCAGACUGGAUUUUCUGGAGUUGAAGCAUCGUCUCCAGGCAUUCCAGGUUCUCACCGAGACCAAACUCAAAUCCUGGAUCAUCAAGUAUGGCAGAAGGGAAUCUGUGGAAGUCAUCCUGCAAAAUUAUAUUUGCUUUGUUGAAGAAAAUAAAUUUUUCGAGCACUAUGAGAUUACCUUCCAGUCCCUGAAGCAGGCAGCUGAUUUGUAUUCACAAAUUGAAGAUUCAGCUGAAGAGCGGGAAGGCAUCAAUAAGUUCCUGAAUGAAUCAGUGGUGCAGUGGCGGAAUCUAUCUGUGGAGGUGCGUAGUGUCAGAAGUAUGCUUGAGGAGGUCCUGACCAACUGGGACAAGUAUAGCGGCACUGUGGUGGGUCUGCAGGCCUGGCUUGAAGAUGCAGAGAAGACGCUGAACAAACCAGAGACUGCCAAGAGGGAGUUCUUCAGGCACCUGCCACAUUGGAUCCAACAGCACACAGUUAUGAAUGAUGCAGGCAAUUUCCUCAUUGAGACGUGUGAUGAGUUGGUUUCCAGGGACCUUAAACAACAACUGCUGCUAUUGAACGGACGCUGGAGAGAUCUUUUUGUGAAAGUGAAACAUUAUGCCCGGGCAGAUGAAGUGGACAAAUUGAAGAAGGAAUAUCUGGAUGGAAUUACUGCUCUGAAAACCUUUGUAGACACCGCAAUUGAAAAACAAGUUGCAUCUCUGGAAGUGUCUUUCCCGAAUAUCAAGACUUACAUUCAGGAAAUGGAGGUAAUAAAACAAAAGGUGCCUGUAAUGGAAGCCCACUACAAAUUGGUCUCCAAGACAGCCCAGCAGCUAACAAAGGACACGCCACAGGAUGAAGUAACACAGAUGUUGGCUACGAUGUCAAACAUUAAAGAUCAGCUGAUAAAAGUUAGAGAACGCUGCCAGAGUUUGCUCCUCGAAGCUCAGCAGUUACUGACACCUUUGGAAAAACUGGAGACUGAAAUGACAGAUUUCCACGAGUCAUUUAACCGAAGCAAUCAGAUCAUUUCUUGCGAAAAUGAAGAGAGCCAGUCAAUGGAAAGCUUGAAGAAGAAGCAUCAGGAACUGACAUCUUGUCAAGAAAUCUGCAAAAAUGCCGUGAUUCUGGUUGAAAAGAAUAUGGAGGUUGUACAGAAACUGUUAAAUGGCAGCAAAGUAAUGAAGCACCUGGAUGCGACUGUGCUUCAAAAGAAGCUCCUUCAGAUACAGACUGGUUUUCAGAACAUGAUGGAGAAGGGAGCGAAGUGGAAAAAGCAAAUGGAAGCAAACAGCAGCCUAAUGAAGAGAUUUGAGGACUGCAGGAAAGAACUGGAAAUGAUCUUGGCGACUGCACACAGAGUGCUGCAAGAAAAGGGCAACCCGGAACAGCUUUUAGGAAAACACACGGAUUUCUGUGCCAAGUUGGAUCAGAGAGUACUGAACUCUUUUCUGAAGGCCUGUGAUGAGCUCACAGACAUCCUGCCUGAGCAAGAGCAGCAGAGUCUGCAGGAAACUGUCCGCAACCUACACAAACAGUGGAAGCAUGUUCAGGCCGAAGCUCCCUACUAUUUGCUGCGUCUUCAGAUCGAGGUGGCAAGAAACAAACUUAUCGCAACAAUGGAAGAGUGUAAAUCAGAACUGGAUCGGGAAAGAAAAUGCUUAAACAACACAAGCAGUGAGCAGCUUGUUAGGCAGCACAGGGAUUUUUUCAGUGAGAAAGGAAAACACCAGUGGUGUGUGAAACGGGUUCAGGUGAUUGGAGAGCUCUGCCAGAAACUCCCAUCCGGUCGAGAGAAUGAAGCUGUCAGAGAAAAACAGGAAGUGGACAAAAAAUCUCUGAGAGACCUUAAAAGCCUCAUUGCCGCAACCUACGAAAUGUUACUAGACCAACCAGAUAAAUGGAAGGAAUACACGUCCAGAUAUUCUGAUCUGUCAAAUUGGGUGUCGGCAAAGGACACAGAGCUGACUGCGAUCAAACAUGAAGCCAGGAAUCACAACAAGUAUGGAGAGUUGAAAUCUGGACUGGAGGGAAUUGAGCAGAACACCAGCAAAAAGAAGGCAAAGCUUAACUGGCUGAAAUCCAAACUCGCUGCACUGACAGAGGUCUCCUCUGAGAAUGAGGUGAAAAAGCAUGAUGAAGCCCUGUCCAAACUAACAGCUGAAUUCAAUGAAUUCCAAACACACAUUGCUGAGACCGAAAAAAUGCUGUCAUCUGUUGGUGAAAGCAUCCAUCGGAGAGAUAAAGUUCGGAGUGCCCUGGAGGCUCUUAUUAACUCUCAAAAACAACUGCAAGCUGAGGUUGACAGCAUCCUGGAUUCAGACAGUCUGGAAGAGGCACAGCAACUCAGACUACCUCAUCAGCAACAACUGAAACAAUUCACCUCAAAGUGUCUGGACAUGCAGCAUCAGAUACUUCAGGAAAGGGAGUCGCUGGCAUCAGAGGAAUUGAUGGAAUCAAUGCAGGAGGAAUUCCAAAGCCAGGAAACUGCUCUGGAUUCAAUGGAUCAAAGCGUGGAGGAACAAGAGAAACAACUGGAGGAGACAUUGCUUCAAUGGCAACAUUUUGAGGAUGAGAUAGGAGCAGCAAUGAAGUUCCUGAAUCGAGCUGCAGCUUCCGUGGACAGCGAUCGUUCCUUCAGCAGCAUAGAAUCUCUGAUUACAGAGAUUGAGCAAACAAAAGAAUUUUACACAGAUGGUGAAGCGAAGGCAGCUCAGGUUGAAGACCUAUCAGAGAAAUGUUCAGAAAUGCAAAUCGGUCCAAAGAGUAAGCACUCCCUCCAGGAGCAAGUGAGGCUGGUGAAGGAGAAGACUGAGAAAGUCCUGAAAUCCUUGUUGAAUGACGUCAAAAAAUUAGAACGGGUUGAAAACCAGUGGGAAGCCUUUAUAAAUACCUGUGAGAUGUUGUCUGCCUGGACGGAAGAAAAGGAAAAAGAGCUGGAUGCUUUAGAGGGGUCAUCUUUUCCACCGGAGAAAAAACUUUCCCAAGUUAGGUGUAUUCUUAAAGAAGUUAUUGAUAAGUCAAAAGAAAUCGAGAGUUUAGAAGAAAGCUCGCAGAGCUUUUUCAAGUUUGUCACCACGGGAGAAAUCGUGCAGAUGAAGGCUCGGGUGACGCAGAUCAGGAGACGGUGGGAGAAUGUCUGCGAACAUGCCCAAGAGUUGGAUGGUAAAGUGGGGGAAAGUGCCUCACAGCAGCAAAAACACAAUGAAGACCUCAGCAAGGCUCAGCAAACACUGACUGAAAUUGAGGCUAAAUUGACAGGCGCAGUCACAAAGUGUUCCUCAGCAACAGAAGCCAAUAAAUUGGUGCAAGGGCACAAGGAGCUCUGUCAGGCUGUUGAACAGAUGGAAAUCACCAUAGCAGACCUCUCAGCAAGCACCCGCAAAGUCAGCAACCAAGAAAAAGCUGCGGAAGAGCUGUCCGCUCUGCAGCAGAAAUACAAACAGAUGCAAGAACAAGCUAAAGCAAGACGGGGAGAACUGGAAAACCUAUUGUCCCUCUGGCAGAAGUAUGAAAGAGACCUGCCCAACUUUGUCUCCUGGUUUGAAAGAUGUGAAGCUGUUCCGAACUCGUGGUCACCGUACAUUUCUGCUGACCAAACCAAACUGCAAAAUGAAGUACAAAGUUUGAAGGAGUUUCAGUCUGAGGUAACAUCGCAGGAGCCUAUUCACAGGAGUCUUGUGACUCAGAGUAAGGCCUUGUACCCAACCACCUCAGAAGAGAGUUUCAAGACGAUUAAAGCAAAUUUGCAACAGCUGGACGAGAGGUUGCAGAGUCUCUCAUACACCGUCAAAAAAAGGAUUCGUUUCCUGGAGCAAACGAUUGAAAACCAUCAGCACUUUGACAAAUGUUUGCUACAGUUUUCUUAUUGGAUUGAACGCUUUCUUAGUGGUUUGCAGACAACCUCCGAGAUUAGCUUCACAGAUCUGCAGCCGGCUUUGAAUCACAUAAAGGACCAAGCAGGAGCUGUUGAACAACAAAGUGCUGAACUGCAAAACUUGAAGGAUCAGGUAGAUCAGCUGUGCUCCACUUGUGAACCAGGAGCACACCAGCAGCUCUUCGGCAGGACCGAGGAGUGCUUCAGGCUUUUCCAGGACGCCAAUCAAACUGUGGAGCGAAGGAAAGUGGCCCUGAAAGAACUAGGUUCUUUCCUGGAGAUGCACAGGAUGGCAGGAAACGUGCUUCGCAGAAUAAGAAAGACUGUCAAAACUGCAAGCAACUGGGACAAGGUCAAGACUGAAUUACUGGAUAAGGAGCUUGGUGACGUGACACCAGACAUUAAACAGUUGGAAUGCCAGGCUGCAGUGCUUGAUGGUCUCAUGAGUAAAGCUCAGUACCAUCUGAAGAACAUCAGCUCAGAAUCCAGGAGCUCGUGUAAGGCUUUGGCUCAGGAGCUGGAGAUGGAACUGGAGUCUGCCCAAAAGCUUCUUGGUACUAAACAAAGUGAAGCUGAAGCCCUCAACUUCCUGUGGAAAUCGUUUAAAGAACGCAAAGAAAAGCUGCUGAAAGCGAUCGAAGAUGUUGAAGAAAAAGUGGACAAAGCGAGUUUCAAAGAGGUCACAGCUUUGCAGCACAGGCUGAGGUUCUUUAACCAGCUAGAGGAGGAACUCAACUCCCAGCAACUGGAGUUACAGUGGCUGAAGGACAAAGCAAAACAAUUGUCCGAGAAAGAUAAGCCUUUGGCCGCUGAAGCUGAUAAAGAAAUUCACUUAUUGGAAUCAUUGUGGAACGACGUGAAAAAACUCAUCAAUGACAAUCAGGAUCAAUGCAGUUUUCUGGUUACACUCAUGAGGAAGUAUCAAAGCUGCAAAUCUGCUAUUGUAAAAGUGGUUGAAAACGCCGAAACUGUAGCUGUGAUAAAAUCCACACUUUUGGACCAAGAAGAUACAAAGAGAACUUUGACGAGGCAUGAAGCUGUGAAGGCAGAGUUGAACAGCAGCCAAGAACAGCUGGAUGAGUUUACUUCAAAGGGGAAGCAGUUACUGGCUGAACUGAAGAAGAUCCAUGGUUUUGACCCAAUUUCAGCCAAACAGGAGCUGGAUAGGGUCGUGGAUCAGUGGCUAGAUGUAUCUGAAAGGCUAGAUGACAACAUUGAACGAUUACGAUUAAGCCUUGCAUUGUGGGAAGAUGUGCUUCACAUUAAUGAUGAGGUUGAUUUUUGGUCCAACAGUUCUGUCUCUGAACUGAAUGAAACAAUGAACAACUUGAAUGAUAGCCAGCGUAUAGAAACAAGACUAAUGGAGUUCCAGUCUGAGGUUAAAAAUCAAGAGCAGAAACUGGAGACCCUACGUUCUAAAGUCUCAGAACUGACACAGUUAUCAAAAAGUCACGUCCCUCCUCCUUUGCUACAGGCAAUGGAAACUGAGGUACAAAACAAACUGGAACAAGCUCGGGAAGUGUCUGAGAUGGCUAAAGAGACACUGAAAGAGUUUAAUACACAGAAGAAUCAGAUGGAGAGUUACAUAACUAAGCUAACAGAUUGGUUGCAUACAUUGGAGGAGUCACUGUCCACUUGUAUCAAUAGCCAGGAUAUGGAAGACCUAAAGAAAGCCAAGGAAAUACACAAAGAACUCAUUGGCCAGCAAAGCAGCAUUGACUCAGCCCGGGAGAACCUCAACAGCCUUUGUCGCAAAUAUCACUCGGCAGAAUUGGAAGGGCUUGGGAGCAGAGUUACGGAACUUAUCAAGAAGUACGAGUCUGUGAACCAGCUGUCAUCAAAAACACAAAGCGGCCUGCAGGACGCUCUCGAGACACACUUUAAUGACUCCUUGCAGGAGUUCCAGCAGUGGCUUUCUGACGCAAGAGGAGCAGUAAAGGAAUGCAGUGACCAGUCGGGAGACAUUUGCUCCACAGAGGAGAAACUGCUCAAACUCACGGAGUUCCUGAACAGUGUGAGCGUGGGGCAGGACAAACUGGAUAGAACAGUCACUGAAGGAAAUAAGUUGGUACUGCACUUGCCCAAACCAAGUGCUACCCAGGUUGAACAGCAGAUGGUGAAUAACCAGCAAGAAUGGCAGAACUUCCUAACUUUAUGCCGUCAGAACAAGGGCAUCCUGCAGGAUUGUGCUGAAGAGCUCAACAGGUUUGAGAGCUCUCACAAAAAGCUGAGUCUCUGGCUCCAGGAGAUGGAAGAAAAAAUGACCUCCGAGUCCCUUAAAGGUAAUAAACCAAAUGUCCCAGAGAAGCAAGCAGAGGUGGAGUGGAUCGAAGAUUUUCAUGAGGAACUUCAAGGAGAGAGGGAUUGCUUUGAUAAUUUGUGCCAGAAGGCUCAAACUUUGAAUGAACUGCGCUAUGGAAAUGGAAGUGAAGUACGCCAGGCCUCUCAGCUGAUGUCCCAAUACCAGAUCCUGGGCAAAACUGUGAAAGAGAAGCUGCGAACCUGUCACUUGGCUCUUCAGGAGCAUCAGGCCUUCGAAGAAAUCCAGCAGAGCACCUGGACAUGGCUGAAAGGAGUUCAGGACAAGCUCGUAACCAUUGAGAAAACCACUGGCAGCAAAGCCACAUUUGAAAAACAGCUGCUUCAGGUCCAGGAAAUCCUAUUAAUGAAAGGGGAAGGAGAGGUGAAGCUUAACAUGGCCAUUGGCAAGGGUGAAAAGUCUCUGAAGAUCAGAAAUGAGGAAGGGCAGAAAGUCAUCCAGAGCCAACUCCAGACAUUGAAGGACACAUGGGCAGAUGUCGUCAGCACCUCUGUGAAAUGUCACAGCCAUCUGGAAUGGGUGGUUGCGCAGUGGAACAGCUACCUGGAUGGCAAGAACCAGCUGCAGCAGUGGAUGGAAUCCUUGGAGCAGGAAUUGAGCCUCGAGCUACAGCAGCAACCAGACCUGAAGGAGAAGCUGUCUGAGCUGGAGAGGUCGCAGAGUGUGUUGGCCGAUGUAGAGAAGCACUCUAUCAUGCUCAACCGGUUGAUUGAAAAGGCCAGGGAGCUUCUGGAGAAAACUGGUGACCCAGCUUUUGAGGAGGACGCACAACUCGAGAUGAGAACCCAGUUUGCUGACAUUGUUGUGGUUUCCAGGGGAAAAGUUAAAAAGCUGGAGGAUAAUGUUCUGGAGCAUCAGGACUAUCACAGCGCUGUGCAGGAGCUAACAGACUGGCUAAAUUCUGCCAAAGAAGAGCUUCACCGCUGGUCUGAUAUGUCUGGCGAUUCAGCAGCUUUACAAAGAAAACUAAAGAAGGUGAAGGAACUGAUCAUUUCCAGACAGAAUGGGAAAGCACGUUUAGACAAAGUGGCGAGCCUGGCUGAGAGAGUGCAGCAGAGCACAGCAGCCGGUGGGUGUGAGGCAAUAAACAGAGAGCUGCAGGCACUGCGUUCUGACUGGCAACAGUGGGAAGAGAGCACCCUCCAAACCCAGAGCGGCCUGGAGAUGAUGCUCAGCCAAAUGACCAGCUCCGAGCAACAGUUUGAAGCACAAGUCGCUCAGCUAGAGAAUGACCUGCAGAGUUUGAGUGCUCGCCUUACGGCCUGUUCGCACAGCCUGUCUCAACUGCAGGACAGCAACACAGAUGAAGAAGUUGUGGAAUGUUGGCAAAAAGCUAAGGAAACCCAAGAAGCCUUGCAGGAGGCGGAAAACAUCACUGAGACACUGAAGGCACAAUUGAAUGAUCUUUGCAGGUUUUCCAAGGACUUAAGCUCACAUUCAGAAAAAGUGUCUUCGUCAAUCAAAGAAUAUAAUAGCCUGUGUUUACAAGCUUCAAAGUACUGUCAGAAUAAGGAGAAGUUGCUGGAGCAGAGAUUCCGGGCUACUUUCAGGGAGUUUCAGCAGUGGAUAAUUAACACCAGGAUCACUACGUGUUUUGAUACCCCUCAGAAUAUUGAUGAGGCAGCUGCAAUAAUCCAAAAAUUACAGGAUUUUCUGUCUGAAAGUGAGGUUGGUCAGAGCAAAUUAAACACACUGAUUUCCAAAGGAGAACUCUUGAGCAAUAUUGUCAGCAAAGAGAGGGCGGAAGCAAUAAAGGUCAAAAUAUCCACUGCAAAAGAGGACUGGAAGAACUUGUUAGCCAACCUGCACCAAAAAGACACAGCGCUCCAGAACUUGCAGGCUCAGAUGAAGGACUUCGAAGCUGGAGUGGGACCGGUGCAGGAAUGGCUUGCAGCAACAACAGCAACAGUGCAAGAAAGCAGCAGUCAGCUGCCCGAUCUGCCUGCAAAGAAAACCGAACAAUUCAGGCUGCAGUCUGUUCUUGAGGAUAUAACCUGCCAUGAAACCCAGUUAAACAAGCUGAAAGAGAAAGCUCAGCACUUAUGGGAAGAACAAGCAUCUAACAAAAGCUUUAUGCACAGAGUUUCUCAAUUAUCUGCUCAGUAUCUAGCCUUAAAUAAUUUAGCCAAGGGGAAGGCUUUAAGAGUGCAGAGAACAGUAAAUGAACACCAGCAGUUUGCCCAGGGGCUGAAGGAGCUACAGGAUUGGCUGGCCGAUGGCAGGCACAUGGUGGAGUCCUACUGCAAUCUGACAGCGGAUAAAGAUGUGUUGGACAGCAGAAUGGCAAAACUCGAGGCUUUGCUGUCUCUCAGACAGGAGAAGGAGAUUCAGCUGAAAAUGGUGCUGACUCGCGGGGAGUUUGUUUUGAGGAGCACCUCCCCAGAUGGCUCCGCUGCUAUUCAGCAACAAAUGCAAGAUCUUAAAGAAUCCUGGGACUCACUUCUCUCCAUCUGUAUCCAAUGUAAAAGUCAGCUUGAAGGGGCUUUAUCUCAGUGGACAAGUUACCAGGAUGAUGUUCGGCAGUUUGUGAGUUGGAUGGACCGAAUGGAGGAAGACCUAAACGUCUCUGACAGGCAGUACACAGAGCUUAGAGAUAAAACUGCAGCCUUGGGCAAAGCCAAGUUGCUGUACGAAGAGGCAUUGAGCCAUGGCAGUCUUGUGGAGACUAUACAAGUCAAAGGUGCCAGCAUGGCUGAGUACUACGUGACACGCCUGGAGCUGCAAGAGCUUCAAGAGCGCUAUAGUAUUCUGAGAGAACGAGCCAAGGAGGGAACAAGAAAAGCUGAGGAAUUGGUUCAGCUUCACCGAGAAUACCAGGAAGGCCUAAAAGUGUUUGAGGACUGGGUGGAGCAGGAAAAGGAGAAGCUCAGCUGCUGUUCACACUUAGGGGGCGAUGUUGAGACCCUCGAAAAUACACUUCGAGACCUAGAGGAUUUAGAGGUGCACUGCACUGAGGGCCAGUCCUUGGUUGAUGCUAUGUUUAGAGCUCAGGAGAAGGUGGCGUUGACAGGAACCUCGUACCUGGAAGAUCGCAUUCUUGAAUCCGUUCAGCAGGAUUGGCACACGUAUCUGCACAAUCUCACCGAAUCCAAGAAGCAGCUUAACACUACACUGGGCAUGCUCAGGCGGCUGGAACAGCUGUUUCAGCAAGCAGACACUUGGCUGUCCAACAUGGAGAGGAAUGUCAGUGUCCAAACUGGAAGAAAGUCUGACCGACUUACAAAGGAGGCUCAGCUACAACAGUUGCAAAUAUGGAACGACGAUAUCCUGGCUCGAAAGGAUAAAGUGGACGAGGUAGGACUGUUGGCUCACCAAGUGCUGGAGGAGAGCCAUAUAAACAGUCGUGUGGGAAGUCAAGCUACCCAACUGGCUGCCAGAUAUCAGGGCAUUCUGCUACAUGUAAUGGAACACGUGAAGCUGCUGAAAGAGGAAUUGAAAACGCUGGAGGAUGCGGAUUCUGCCCUGGGUGCCUUUGCGGCCUGGCAAAGAGCUGCGCAGAAGAACUUCAGAAAUGUGGCAGUCGGGGUGAAUGUGGUGGACAAAGCUGCCAUGGAGAGCAAGAUCAACAAAUUUGAGGUCCUGCAUGUUGACAUUGAUGCUGGUAAUGGUUUGCUGAAGAUGAUCCGCGAGAAGGGUGAAAAGGCCAUUGAAUAUUUGGAGGGAGAUGAAGCCAAGCAGCUUCGGAAGGAGAUGAACGAUCACAUUACUCAGCUGGAAGAGCUGACUGGUGCCAUCAGGAGAGAACGCGGAAAUCUAGAAAAAUGUCUCUAUCUCACAAAAGAGUUCUUGGACAAAUACCAGAGUCAGACCAAAUGGCUGGCAGAAUACCAGGCGAUCCUUCAGAUCCCAGUGGAACCAAAAGCAGAACUAUAUGAAAAGAAAGCCCAGUUAGCAAAAUACAAGACCAUCCAGCAAACGAUUGUGUCUCACGAACCUGGGAUAAAGCUGGUGAUUGAGAAGGGUGAAGCCCUUCUUGAACUCGUUCAUGAUGUAGCCGUCAGUGACAAUUUGGGAAAGUUGCUGUCUGAGUACCAGGAGCUGUUUAACAUGAUCAGGGUUUGCGUGCAGAAUCUGGAAGGGAAAGUAAAAGAGCAUGAAGAUUACAACAGCAACUUGCAGGAGGUCGAAAAGUGGCUGCUGCAGAUGUCUACCAGACUGGUGGCACCGGAUACAACACAAAGCAACAACCUAGAAAUGGCAACCCAGCAUCUGGCCAGACACAAGCCAAUCAUGGAAGAGAUAGCGGGAUUUGAACACGUUUUGACAAGUUUGAAAGGCAAAGGAGACACUCUGAUCGCCAACUGCACGGAGGAGUUGCAGGCAAAGUUUAAACAGCAGGUUGAUGCCAAUCUGCAGGGGAUCAGGGACAGCUACUCUGCCAUUUGUAGCACAGCUCAAAGAGUGUAUUGCAGCCUGGAUCGAGAACUUCAAAAGCACGUCAGCCACCAGGACACACUGCAGCAAUGCCAGAUGUGGCUCAGUACGGUGAAGCAAGAGCUGCAGCUCCAGACUCAGCCUCCAAUCAGCUCAGUUAAUGCACUCAAACAGGUGAAACACUAUCGAACUCUGCAGGAACAAGCCAGUACUUACCUGGAGCUCCUUUGCUCCAUGUGUGACUUAUCAGAUGCCACAGUGAAGAGUGCAGCGACAGAGAUCCAGUGCGCCAAACAAAUGAUUGAGCAGCACCUGGUCAGAUCUCAGGAGCUGGCGCUUGGUUGGGAAGAAAUAAAACGUCAGAAGGCUGAACUCUCAGCCUAUUUCCUGGACACUGAGCAGUAUCUCCAGACCCUGAAGAGACAGCCAGCAGAGCUUGAGCAGAAAAUCACACAGAAGCAGAAGGCCCAGGUUCAGGAAUUGGGUGAACAGUGCCAGUCCAAGCAGAAUAUUAUCACAGCCCUCACAGAGAAAGUCAGCAGCCUAACAAAAGGACACGAGUCCCCAGAACACUCGGAGAUCGGUCAGUUAAGCAACCAGUGGUUAGAAUUGUGCCAUCAGGUCAACUCACUCCUUGUGCUGAGGGAGGAGGACCAGCAAAGGGCAAGGGAUUACCACGAUCAAAUGAAUAUAGUGGAAGUGCUCUUGGACAAGUUCGCCAAAGAAUGGGACAGUUUAGCAAGAGCUGAUGCUGAAAGUACGGCUGGUCACCUGGAAGCCUUGCGGAAACUGGCGAGCGUGGUGCAGAGUCAGAAGGUUGUCCUGGAUGAUCUGAAAGAACAGAAGCAGAAAGUGAUGGAUCGUCUGAACUCUGACGAUAAAGAGUUGGUCAAAGAGCAGACCAGUCACUUUGAGAAACAAUGGCUUCACCUGGAGAAUUUAAUAGAAAAGAAAAUCCAGGCAUCUGUUACAACCUUGGAGGAGAUGAGCCUGUGUCAGGCCAAACUGGAGGAAUUGCUGGAGUGGGCAGGGGACCAACAGCCCAUCUUAUCUGAAGCUCUGAAAUGUAGCCCUCCAGCGGAGCUAGCACAGACUUUGCUGAUAGAUCACAUCACCAUAUGCAACGAACUCGAAUCCCAGCAGUUAGUCCACGGAGCGUCGGUGAAAGAAGCCGAGAGGAUCCUGGCACAUUUGGGACUUGAUGAGCGGCAGCGUUUCCAGGGGACCCUCGUUGAGCUGCAGGAUAAAAUGAAUUCACUGAGUGAGGCGCUCAGUCAGAGGAGAAAGUACCUGAGCAAAGCAUUGUCAGACAGGACGCAGUUCCUCAUGGCUGUCACGCAGGCAAUCAAUUGGAUACAUCAGAAUGAGAAGAAAGCAAUGUCUGAGGAACACAUCGCUCUCAUGCCGCUUGAUGUGAACAAGCAAAUCAGGAUGUGCAGGAACGCACAUAGCGGCCUGAAGGAGCAUCAGAUGGAGGUGACGGCUCUGUGGGCACAAGGGAGGGAGCUGAUGAAGGAGGCUACUGAGGAAGAAAAUGGGGAAAUGUUGAACAAAUUGCAACAGCUGCAGAGUGUAUACGACUCCGGACUACAGAAAUCUGCUCAGAGACUGCAGGAACUGGAAAAAAUCUUAGUUUCACGGAAAUAUUUCAAGGCAGAUAUGGAUAAGGUCUGUUAUUGGCUAAAACAGACCGACAUCAUGACCUUUGCGGAGGUCAGUUUAAUGAACAGCGACCCUGAGUUGUCUUCACAGCUGAGCAAAUACCAACAGAUCCUGGAGGAGUCACCUGAGUAUGAAAAUCUUCUUCUUUUGGUGCAGAGAACUGGCCGCGAGGUGCUGCCGUCACUCAGCGAAAUGGAUCAUUCGUUUUUAGACGAGAAGUUAAAUGCUCUGCCAAAGCAAUUCAAUAGCCUCGUGGCACUCGCAAAAGAGAAGUCUGAUAAGGUUCAGGAGGCGAUUGCAGGCCGUAAGGAGUACUCUUCCCUAAUUGAACUAACCAGCAAGGCACUGAGUGAAUUGGAGGACCAGUUUGUUCUCAUGAGCAAGGCUCGUCUUAACCUUUCUUCAGAAGAGACCACUACACUGCAGGACGAUUACAAAGCUCUUCUCGAAGAGGUUGUGAACCUUGGUAAAGCCGUGGAUGAGCUGAACCAAAGGAAAGAGACAUUUCGGAUUACAGGGCAACCAUGGCAACCGGAUGCCAUGGCAAGUCUAGCCAGCCUUUACCACAGACUAAGACGGCAGAUCGAGAUGAAAGUCAGCCUGUUGGAUGAAACCAUCGCAACUCACAGAGAACAUGAAGAAAUGUCGCUGGAGUUGGAAGAACAGCUGAAGGCUUUGAAAGAUGAACUGCUCAAAGUGAACGAGGAAACCCUUUCCACUGAGGAGAAGCUGAAGAAGUGCUACUCUCUGGCUGGCAGCGUGCAGGAGAGCAGCUCUCUCUUAAAAAAGUUACUGGAACAAGUGGAACAACUGUCACCUGAGCUCGACAGCGGAGUUUAUGAAAUGAGGAGUCAACAAGUCCACUCUUGGCAAGAGGACCUUCAGUUAGCACAAGGGAUGAUAGGGGAGCGAAUCAUGGAAUGUGAGAGCAGACUCGUCCAGAGGAUAGAUUUCCAGAGUGAAAUCCAGCGCACUCUUGAUUGGCUGCGAGAGAUUAAGGGUGAUCUAAGCAUUCCAAUAAAUGUGGACGUAAAGCUUCAGGCAAUCCAGGAAGAGAUUCGGAAAUGCCAGAUCCUCGAGGAAGAAGUACAGUCGAGUCUUAGGAUCAUGGCAGCUCUGAGCAGUAGAGAGAAAGACAAAUACACCCAAGCCAGGGAACUCAUGCCGACUGAGGUAGAGAAGAAUCUCAGGGAACUUUCUCUUCUGGAGGCUGACAUUCAGGAAAGCUUAAGCAUGAAGAAGGCCUCCCUUGAUCAGAUCCAUGCCCUGAUCCAACAUUACCAUCGAGCACUUCAGGAUGUCAGUGGGUGGCUGGAUGACGCCAGUGAGCUUUUACAACAGAGCCGUGAGGGAGUGGAUGUGGAAGGCUCUGAGGAAGCUUUCAGCCGCCAUGCAGAGUUUUUUGAAACAGAAAAUAAUGUGAUGAGCCAGCUCACAGAGCUGCAGAGCUUAGUCCCUGAGCUCUUGCCAUUCCUCAAAGUAGCUGGGAAGGAGCAAGUUCAACAGAGUUCUGCAUCAUUGCAGCAAAAAAGAAGCUGUACAAAUCAGCAAGCUGAAGAACAGAGCAACAUCUUGCAAAGGUGUGUCACAGACUGGCGCACAUAUCAGGAAGCCAGGCAGCAGAUCAUUGAACUGAUGAACCAAGCCGAGAGGAAACUGUCCGAAUUCUCCACCGCCAAGGCAGCGACUAGCCACGAAAGUGAAGAGAAACUGACUCGGCACAAGUCCUUGUUGGACACGGUGAAUUCCUUUCACGAGAAGAUCACAGCGCUGGAGGAGCAGGCCUCACUGUUGGAAAAGCUGGGCAAUGACGCCAGCAAGGCCACCAUAAGCAGGUCAAUGACAACAGUGUGGCAGCGCUGGACCCGGCUCCGCAGUGUGGCCCGAGAGCAGGAGAAGAUGCUGGAGGAAGCGGCGCAUGGCUGGAAAAAUCUCACUAACAAGAUUGAAACAACCACUAUCAUUGUGGAUCAGUUCCAAGACCGGUUACCUGACAGCUCAGUUGAAAAGGCGAGAAAGAAUGAGUUACUCGACCUUUUGGUGUACCAUGAUGGGUUUGCAAAGGAAGUAGAACGGGAACACGCCACUCUAAGCGUACUCAGACAACAAGCCCUGAACAUGCUCCGAGAUGUUGCCAUGCCUUCAACUUCCAUUGAAGACUAUCCAGUAAUGCAUGAAAUUAAAGCUAUGCAGGACAGAUAUGACAAUGUUCGACAGAAAAUAAAGAAAAGCAAGAAAAUGGUUCAACAGGAGCUGAAAGACCGGGAAGACGUGGGAAAUGAAUUACAUAAGAUAAAACAAUGGCUUCAGGAGACAAAGGAAUAUUUGCAGAAACCGCUUGCUGACGCUGAUACUCAACUCCAGGAAUUAAAGGAACUGCAGAAGGAGGUGGCUGCUCGGCAACAGGUUGUUGAGCAGCUCGCAGAAGGACAGCAGAACAAGUAUCUGGAGCUUUAUACCAUUCUGCCCUGUGAGCUGUCUGAGCAGCUGGCUGAGGUGACACUGGCCCUGGGAGCCAUUGAAGAACAGAUGAAAAUAAAGGAAGAAGAAGCUCAACACACAAGAGCAGCGAGCCUGCAGUUUCACAGCAAAAUUGAGAAUGUUUCUGAAGAACUGAAUAAUAUUUCCAGAAAACUUAGCGACAAAGCAAGUGACAUAGUGCAAGCCAAAAUUGAACAAAAGAAAAUCAAGGAUGAUCUGGACAGUUCAAACGUGAAGCUCGUGGAGCUGGAUGCGAUGGUGCAAGAUUUCACAGAGCAAAAUCCUCAACAGAGUAAACAUUUGACAGACAGUGUGAUAAAACUGUCGAGCCUUUAUCAGCAGGUUUGCAGGCAGACAGAAUACCGGGCUGUCAAACUCAACAAGGCUGCUGUACAGUUGGAGGAAUUUCAUGAAAUGCUGGAGUUUGUUCUGCGAUGGGUGGAGAAGGCUCAGUCCCUGGCGUCCAGCACCAUCUCAUGGAACUCAGCGGCUCAACUCAAUGAUCAGUUGAUGACGUACCAGGCGAUCCUGCAGGAAUCAGAUGAAAUCCACAGCGACCUGGAAGCAAUGAACGAGAAGCUAGGUAGCUUCAGCGAUGUGUUCCUAACGGCCAGCAUGUUUCAGCAUGUGGUAGAGCUCAGUCGGCAGACAAAUGAGUUACAGCAACUUAUGCAAACCCGGCUACAAUGUCUGCAAGAUGCAGCCAAGGAUAUGGAAAAGUUUGAAACAGAAGUGAGGAGACUACAAGUGGUGGUGAAGCAGGCCCAAGUCUCUCUCACCUCCCCUGAGCUAACUCGACUGAGCCUCAAGGAACAAUUACCUCAACGACAGCGGUUGUUGGCCAACAUGGAGGGAUUCAAGCAGAGGGUCCAGGCGGUGCAGAGAUGUCAGGCUGCCCUGCGAAUUCCAGAGGAAGUAGUUACACAUCUUCCCAUCUGCCACAUCGCAUUGCGGCUACAGGAUGAAGCAAGUCGCCUUCAGCACACUGCCAUCCAGCAGUGUAACAUCGUGCAGGAGGCUGUGGUGCAGUAUGAACAGUACGAGCAGGAGAUGCAGCACUUGCAGCAGCUGAUCGAGAGAGCUCACUGCCAGAUCCAGGAACACACAGUCGCUACCAGCAACAUCCAGCAGCUACAGGCUCAGAUCUCACGGCACGAGGAAUUCGCCCAGAAGAUCAAAAGCUACCAGGAGCAGAUAGCUGCGCUGAAUUCCAAGUGUAAGAUGCUGACGGUGAAAGCGAAACAUGCCACUAUGCUGCUGACGGUGUCUGAGGUUGAAGGGCUUUCUGAAGGGAUGGAGGAGCUGGAGGGUGAGCUCCUCCCCUCACACUCAGCUCACCCCUCCGUGGUGAUGAUGACAGCUGGCCGCUGUCACACACUCCUCUCACCUGUCACAGAGGAGUCUGGGGAAGAGGGGACCAACAGUGAGCUUUCCUCUCCUGAUGCCUGUCGUUCUCCCUCACCUGUGGCUAAUAGUGAUGUUUCUGUUGCUGCUCAGGAUAACGCUUAUUGUCGGGCAUUGUCCACUGAGGAGCUGCAGACAACAGCUACAGACACUCAUGAGGUCUUGAGUGCAGGGCCGCUGGAGGAACUGUUUGAGCCGGGGCUGGGGGAGACUGCCACCUCAAAGAUCGACGAUCUGCAGCGCUCCUGGGAAACACUGAAGAAUGUGAUCAGUGAGAAGCAACGCACUCUUUAUGAAGCCCUUGAACGACAACAAAAAUACCAGGACUCCGUUCAGUCGGUUUCCACAAAGAUGGAGUCUAUCGAGAGGAAGCUGGGUGAAGCAUUAGUUACAGACAGCAGUCCUGAGAGUCAGCUAGAGGCACACCAGGCCUUGAUGGAUGAGAUUGUGACGCUGCAGGAUGAGAUCAAUGAGCUCCAGAUUUGCUUUGCUGAAGAGCUGGUGUCGGACACGCUGGACACGGAGACGUCCGAGCAGCUGGCCAUGCAGUCCACACUCACCGUACUCGCAGAGAGAAUGGCCACCAUCAAGAUGAAAGCCUUGGGAAAGAGACAACUCUUAGAGGAGAAACUGAAUGAACUGGUUGAGGAAGAGCGUCAGGAACAAGCCCUGCAGCAGUACUGCACUGAGGCCGAGGAGCUCAACAAUUGGCUUUUAAUUACAAAGGCUACGUUGGACACUACUCUAAGAGCUACUGAGGAGCAAAUGGAAAUGGAGGAGCAGCUCAUUGAUUGUCAGAACAUGCUGGGGGAGAUUGAGCAGAAGGUGAUGACCAUCUCGGAGCUCUCCGUGCACAGUGAGAGCCUGCUGCUGAUGGAAGGGAAACCCCGCACCAGAGAGGACGCUGAGCACCUGACGGAAAAACUUCGCAACCUAAAGGGAAGCCUUGUUGAGCUGCAGAAAAUGUUACAGGAAAAACGCAUCAAUAUCCAGCAUGGCAUGGUGCAAGAGAAAGAGGAUACGGAAAGUGAUUCCACCUUCCACACGAGCCCCAGCCUUCAUGAAUGGCUGGUACAGGCUCGGUCUACUCGCUGCCAACACCAACAGGAUAGCUUGCAGAGACAGAAGGAGCUGGAGGAGCAGCUUGCAGAACAAAAAGACCUGAUACGAUCUGUUGCAAGCAGUGGAGAGAAACUUCUGACCCAACAAACCAGUGCCGAGUUCAUUGGUGAUGAGCAGAAGUCACCAAUCAACAAUGUUGCCCAGCCUGAAAUUGUAUCACAGGAGCUUGGUUUCGAGGGCCACAAAGUUUCUGCAUUGCAUCAGAUGAGAGCGAAAUGGCAAAAGCUCCAGAAAGAGAUUUACGGCAAAGAGAAAAUGUUUAAAGCUUCUUUGGAGAGGGAUCAGGACCAACAGGUUUAUGGGAGGUCCACUGGUGUAGCGAGCAGCUUGGCAUUGUUUAAAGGAGAAGCCCACACCCUGGACAAAUCUGUGCAGGCAGUUAAGUCUCUGUUUGGUGGGAUGAGUCAAGCAAUUGAAGAUGUUUCAACUCGGGGUGAAGAUGCUGAGGAACAAAGCCUUUACCUGGAGCAGAAGCUAUACAGUGUUGUUUCAGCAGCUUCCCACUGGCUGGAUGGUGUUGAAGAUCACUUGCUUGCCAGUGCAAGUUUCUUACCUGAAAAGAUGGAAGUGCACCUGUAUUACCAAGAGAGUCUUGCCAAAGAUAUCGAAGAAGUGACUAAAGAAUUGGACACGAAAACAAAUGCCUUCCUCAGUGUCCUACCCGAGACCAGCAGAAAUCAGGAUGUUAUUGAAGAGACCCUGAACUGCAUGCAGGAGCGAUUGAGUGUGCUAGAAACAGCAGUGAAACAGCGCUGUGAGCAAAUGAAGGAUCGACUGCAGGAGCUGAUGGAGUAUCAGACUGAACUGAAGCUGCUGUUUACCUCCUUAGCUGAUUAUAAAUAUAUUAUUCUACAAAAACUAGCUGAUGCUUUGGAGCGCCCUGUUACAGAGCAACUGCAGGCUAUUCUGCAGACAGAAGAUGGCCUUAAAGAAUAUGAGAUUCGGAUCAGUGAGUUAAAGGAACGUGGAGAGGCAUUGAAACCAGACCAAGCUCUCCUGCUGGAUCUUUCUAAAGUUCAGGAUAUGUAUGAGGAGUUGAUGAUGAUUGUUGGCUCCAGGCGCAGUUCCUUAAACCAGAGCCUGGCAUUGAAGGAUCAGUAUGAACAAGCUCUACAGGAUCUAGCUGAUAUGACCGACACAGGCCAAGAAAAAAUGACAAUGGACCAGAAGAUCCUUGUGAACUCCAGGGGCGAUGUCCAGCAUCUCCUGGAUAAGCACAAAGAAUUUUUCCAAGGAUUGGAGUCCCAUCAAAUUCUUACAGAGACCCUGUUUAAAAAAGUAAGCUUGUGCAUCCACCAAAGGGAAACAGACUCCAAGAUAGAAUUGAUGGACAAGACCUCGACAUUACUGAAGCAGGCUCACAGGAGGGGUGUAGAGCUGGAAUGCAUUUUAGAGACUUGGAGUCGUCUGCAGGAGGAUUAUGAGCUACUAUACAGGCAGCUGGAGACGGUAGAGAACAGCAUUCCCAGUGUUGGACUGGUGGAAGAAUCUGAAGAGAGACUAGCCGAGCGGAUUACACUGUAUCAGCGCUUGAAAAUCAGUUUGACAGACCGUCAGCCGCAGCUGUAUCAAGUGUUAGAUGAUGGGAAGAGGGUGUUGACAUCAAUCACCUGUCCUGAGCUGGAGCUUCAGAUUCCCCAGCUGGGCGAGCGCUGGCUUUCCAGCCACACCAAGGUGUCCAAAGAGCUUCAUCGCCUGGAAACAGUUCUCACUCACUGGAAUAGGUACCAGACUGAAUCUGCUGAGCUGAAGCAAUGGCUGCAGUCAGCCACCGAGCGCCUGGAAUUCUGGACCAUGCAGUCCAUAACCGUCCCACAAGAGCUGGACUCUGUGAGGGACCAUCUCCAGUCCUUCCUGGAGUUUACUAAAGAAAUUGAUUCAAAAUCUUCGCUUAAGUCCUCGGUGUUGAGCACCGGAAAUCAGCUGCUGCGGUUGAAGAGGGUGGACACCUCAGCACUGCGCUCUGGGCUGGCCCAGAUCGACGCUCAGUGGACAGAGCUGCUUGCACAGAUCCCAGUGGUCCAGGAGAAAUUACAUCAGCUUCAGAUGGAGAAACUGCCUUCUCGCAGUGCAAUCGGUGAGAUCAUGACCUGGAUCUCACUCAUGGAGAAGGUCAUUGAAGAGGAUGAAACGAUAAUAAAAAAUGCAGUGGGAUCACAGAUGAUCGAGCAAUUCCUCAAAAAAUACAAGGGUUUCAAGAUUGAUUUGUCCUGUAAGCAGCUGACGGUGGACUUUGUGAACCAAUCAGUGCUGCAGAUCAGCAGCCAGGACGUGGAGAGCAAGCGCAGUGAUAAAACCGACUUUGCCGAACGCCUGGGGGUGAUGAACAGAAAGUGGCAGCUUCUGCAGCGUCUCAUUACUGAGAAGGUCCAGGAAUUGGAAGGCUUGUUGGAGUCAUGGAUGGAGUAUGAGAACGGUGUGCAGUGCUUGAAAACCUGGUUUGAAGCCCAGGAAGAAAGACUGAAGAAACACCAGCAGAUUGGUGACUCAGCCUCAGUCCACAAUGCUCUGAAGGAUUGCCAGGAGCUGGAAGAUCUGAUUCGAGGAAAAGAAAAAGAAAUGGAGAAAGUUGAACAAUAUGGCCUUUUCCUGAUCCAGAAGAAGGAGGAGGAAUCUUGCAGUGGUGUGAUGGACACACUCCGAGAACUCAGUCUUUCUUGGGCUAACCUGGACCAUCUGAUUGGCCAAUUAAAGGUUGUCCUCCAGUCUGUGCUGGAACAGUGGAAUGUUUACAAGGAAGCCUAUGAGGAGAUUAAUGGUCACUUGAUGGAGGCCAGAUAUUCUAUUUCUCGCUUCCGUCUGCUGACAGGCUCACUGCAAGCUGUCCGAAUCCAGGUAGACAACCUGCAGAACUUACAAGAGGAGCUGGAGAAGCGGGAGGGUAGUUUGCAUAAUUUCGGUUCUGUGACUGAUCAGCUGUUAAAGAAGUGCCAUCCGCCAGUCAACGACACACUCAAUGCAACUCUGAAUGAUGUUAAUCUCAGAUGGAAUAACUUACUUCAGGAUAUCGUAGAGCAAUUGCACUCCAGCAAAGUCUUGCUCCAACUAUGGCAGAAAUAUAAGGAUUUUUACAGCCAGCGCUUGGUAACUGUACAACAGCAUGAGGAGAGCAGUAACGAACUGAUUAAGAGAGUUACAAACAGGGAUAUUGCUGAUGAGGAGGUCACAAAUUGGAUUCAGGCCUGUGAUGAGGUGUUGAAGGACUUGAGAUCACUACAGGAUUCACUUCAUAUUCUCCUGGAGCUUGAAGAACAGCUGAAACAGCAGGUUGACCCUUCCGCAGCGGCUGCUAUUCAAUCAGAUCGACUGUCCCUUAUCCGGCGGCUGUCUGCUCUCGAACAAGGUCUCAUAAGGCAACGGAGUGUACUACAGGCUGGUGUCCAGGAUUAUGAGUCAUUCAGCAAGAAGCUAGAGGCCUUGGAGCAAUGGAUUGUGGAAGCUGAAGAAAUGCUAAAACUGCAAGAUCCCAAUCGCUCAUCUGACCUGACUAUAAUUCAGGAACGGAUGGAAGAACUUAAGAUCCAGAUGCUGAGGUUCAGCAGCAUGGUGCCUGACCUGGAUCGUCUGAAUGAACUGGGCUACAGGCUGCCCCUAAAUGACAAGGAAAUCAAACGCAUGCAGACAUUAAACCGACACUGGUCAGCGAUCUCUGCCCAGACCACUGAGAGAUUCAGCAAGCUGCAGGCCUUUUUGCUGCAGCACCAGACCUUCCUCGAGAAAUGUGAAACAUGGAUGGAGUUCCUGGUGCAAACUGAGCAGAAACUGGCCGUGGAGAUCUCAGGGAACCACCAGAAUCUGCUGGAGCAGCAGCGAGCACAUGAGCUGUUUCAGGCAGAGAUGUUCAGCCGACAGCAGAUCCUGCACUCGAUCAUCAGUGACGGACAGCACCUACUGCAACAAGGGCAGGUGGAUGAUAGGGAUGAGUUUAACUUGAAGCUGGCUAUGUUAAGUAACCAGUGGCAGGGAGUGAUCCGACGGGCACAGCAGAGAAGAGGAAUCAUUGACAGUCAGAUCCGCCAGUGGCAGCGUUACCGGGAGAUGGCCGAAAAGUUGAGGAAAUGGUUGGUGGAAACGUCCUGUCAGCCGCAGACCAGGCUGGGCAGUGGCACAUGCAUCCCACUGCAGCAGGCCAGGGCUUUGCUGGAUGAGGUGCAGUUAAAAGAGAAAGUGCUGCAGCGGCAGCAGGGGAGCUAUAUCCUGACAGUGGAGGCUGGUAAGCAACUCCUGCUCUCAGCUGAUGGUGGUUCCGAGGCUGUCCUGCAUACUGAGCUCACCGAGAUCCAAGAGCAAUGGAAGGCUGCUCACGUCCACCUGGAGGAGCAAAGGAAACAACUCACCAUUUUACUAAAAGACUGGGAACGAUGUGAGAAACAAAUCUGCGCUUCCCUUGAGAAACUGAGGUCUUUCAAAAAGAAGCUCUCUCAGCCGCUGCCUGACCACCAUGAAGAGCUACACACUGAGCAGAUGAGAUGCAUGGAACUGGAAAGCUCCUUCGAAGGAUGGACUGACGACCUGACCCAUCUCUCAAUUCUGAAGGACACACUGUCUAACUAUGUUAGCGCUGAUGAUCUUUCAAUACUGCAGGAACGCAUUGAGCUUUUACAUAGGCAGUGGGAUGAACUGUGCCACCAGGUGUCGUUGCGCAGGCAGCAGGUCACAGAGAAACUGAAUGAGUGGGCAGUGUUCAAUGAGAAGAACAAGGAACUCUGCGAAUGGCUGACCCAAAUGGAAAGCAAAGUUUCACAGAAUGGAGACAUCAGCAUUGAGGAAAUGAUCGAUAAGCUGAAGAAGGAUUACCAGGAGGAAAUCUCAGCCGCCAGUGAGAACAAGAUGCAGCUGCAGCAGAUGGGCCAACGGCUUGUUCGAGCCAGCCAUGAAAGCAAAGCAUCUGAGAUCGAGUACAAACUGGGCAAAGUCAGCGACCGUUGGCAGCACCUCUUGGACCUAAUUGGCGCACGAGUGAAGAAGCUGAAAGAGACACUGGUUGCUGUGCAGCAGCUGGAUAAGAACAUGAGCAGUUUGCGAUCCUGGCUUGCUCACAUUGAGACUGAGCUGUCAAAACCCAUUGUGUACGAUACCUGUGAUUCUCAAGAAAUCCAGCAAAAGCUCACUGACCAGCAGGAGUUGCAGAGAGAUAUUGAGAAGCACAGCACCGGGGUAGCUUCGGUCCUCAACCUGUGUGAAGUUUUGCUUCACGAUUGCGAUGCCUGUGCCACUGAGCCGGAGUGUGAUUCAAUCCAACAGGCCACGCGUAAUCUGGACAGGAGGUGGAGAAACAUCUGUGCAAUGUCCAUGGAAAGGCGACUGAAAAUUGAAGAGACCUGGAGAUUAUGGCAGAAGUUCUUGGAUGAUUACUCCCGCUUUGAGGACUGGCUGGAAACUUCGGAGCAAACAGCUGCUUACCCCAAUUCCUCUGGCGUUCUCUACACAGUUGCCAAAGAGGAGCUUAAGAAAUUUGAGGCUUUCCAGCGACAAGUCCAUGAGAGCCUGACUCAGCUGGAGCUGAUCAAUAAGCAGUACAGACGGCUAGCCCGUGAAAACCGCACUGACUCAGGCUGUAAACUCAAACAGAUGGUGUACGAGGGCAAUCAGCGCUGGGAUAACCUGCAGCGAAGAGUCACAGCUAUUCUGAGGAGGUUGAAGUAUUUUAUUGGACAACGAGAGGAAUUUGAAACGACUCGUGAGAGUAUCCUAGUCUGGUUGACAGAAAUGGACCUGCAGCUGACAAACAUUGAGCACUUCUCAGAAUGUGACAUUCAAGGCAAAAUUAAACAACUCAAAGCAUUUCAGCAAGAAAUCUCCCUCAAUACAAAUAAGAUUGAACAGAUCUUCACUCAAGGAGAACAGCUGAUUGAGAAGAGUGAGCCUCUGGAUGGGACAAUAAUCGAAGAAGAGCUUGAUGAGCUCCAUCGCUACUGCCAAGAGGUCUUUGGGCGAGUGAACCGUUACUACAAGAAACUAAUGCAACUUCCUCUGACUGAUGAUGAGAUGUCUGACAGGGAGACGGACUUGGAUGACAGCACUGACCUCUCGAGCUUAAGUUGGCACGACAGAUCUACAGACAAUGCAGCGUCCAAUCUCUAUGGAGUGAGCAGGUCUCUGCCCAUGAUGCAAAACUCCAGAGACACUCGCUCGGGGCGGGAUACUCCAGCCAGUGUCGACUCCAUCCCAUUGGAGUGGGAUCACGAUUACGAUUUAAGCCGAGGCUUGGAAACUGCUGUAGCACAAGCGCUUAUUACUGACAAGGAGGAUGUGCUCGAGGAUAGCGAUGACUAUUUCCAAGGAGCUGCUGAAAUCACAGAUGUAGUGAUCCCUGAAAGCCCAGAGGCCUAUGUAAAACUGACUGAAAGUACUUUGAGAUCAACCUCUGGUGAACCAGGUUCUCUGGAAACCCACAUCCUCCAGUUGGACAAAGCAUUAGAUCGCAGUCGAUACCAUCUACAACAGACAGAAAAUGUCAUUCGCAGCAAAACGCCCACAGGCCCUGAGCUAGACUCCAGCUACUGGGGAUAUAUGAAGUUGUUGUCUGAGUGCCGAGGUAGCAUAGAGACUGUGAAAAGAGUUGGACAAAAACUCAAGGAGGAAGAAGAUAAAUUUUCUGGGUUUAUUAACCUAACCAGCACAGAAAAACAGACUUCUGGAGUGGUUGAACGCUGGGAGCUGAUCCAGGCACAGGCCCUCAACAAGGAGCUGAGGAUGAAACAGAACCUGCAGCAGUGGCAGCAGUUUAACUCUGACCUGAGCAACAUCUGGAAUUGGCUGGGAGAGACCGAGGAGGAGCUGGAGCAGCUCCGCAGACUUGACAUCAGUACAGACAUCCAGACCAUAGAACAUCGCAUUAAAAAACUGAAAGAACUGCAAAAGGCAGUCGACAACCGCAAAGCCAUCAUAUUAUCUAUCAACCUGUGCAGUGCAGAAUUCACUCAGUCGGAUACCAGCGAUGCCCAGGAACUUCAGGAACGCCUGAGGCAAAUGAACAAGCACUGGGACCGAGUGUGCUGUCAGCUGGAUCACUGGCGCACCUCUCUCCAAGAUGCCCUCAUGCAGUGUCAUGACUUCCACGAGAUGAGCCAUGGGCUGUUGCUCUGGCUGGAGAAUAUAGACCGAAGACGAAAUGAAAUCCUACCCAUUGAUCCCAACCAGGAUCCAGACACAUUGCAGGACCACCACAAAACCCUGAUGCAAAUCAAACGUGAGUUGCUGGAGUCCCAGCUGAAAGUAGCAUCCCUUCAAGAGCUGUCCGGCCAACUACUAGUAAAUGCUGAGGGUAGAGAUUGUCUUGAGGCAAAGGAGAAAGUUCAUGUCAUCGGGAACCGCCUGAAGCUGCUUCUGAAAGAGGUCAUCCAUGACCUGAAGGACCUAGAGAGGCUGCUGGAUAUCUCUGGCAGUCAACUAGAUCUUGCGUCUUGGUCUUCAGCAGAUGAAUUGGACACAUCAGGAUCUCUGAGUCCUGUGUCUGGUGGAAGCACUCCCGUCCGUCCCCGGCUGCCACGAGGCAAAUCUAGCCUCUCACAGCCUGGACCCUCUGUCAGCAGCCCUCACAGCAGAUCCCACGAAAGAAAUCUCAAAGGUUCUUCCCAUUCUGAGCAGCAGGGAACCCAGCGGAAACCUUCCUUCUUCCUGCGGGUGCUAAGAGCUGCUUUACCACUGCAGCUUUUGCUGUUGCUAUUGAUUGGCCUAGCCUGCCUCGUACCAAUGACCGAGGAAGAUUACAGCUGUACUAUGUCUAACAACUUUGCUAGGUCCUUCCAUCCCAUGUUGAGAUACACCAACGGCCCUCCUCCAAUAUAAGCCAUUAGAAUAUGUAAACAAGUGAAGUCAUUUGUGUAGAAGGCCUUUCUCACUAAGGAGGAAGAAAAGGCUUUCACUCUGUCUCAUUGUGCUAGCACAAUACCUCAUUGGCUGGUCGGCCAAUUCCUCCUUAAACCAGCUUGCAACAAGUACAGCUCCAAAUCAGUUCUCCGUACCUGUCCCCUCCUGUGCUUAAUGAAUUUAAAGAGAAAUGUAAAAUAUGAUUUAAAUAGCUUUUUGAUGGUAAUUAUUUUUUUACAGUUUUGGUUUUGGCAUGGCCAUGUUUAACUGAGCUUUUAAAAAAAUAAUCCUCUUGAAUGUCUGGAUGCAAAUUGUAUAAAUGUGAAAGGCACUUUCGAACCAGGGUUUAAAUGAGGUUAAGUAGAUUCUGGUGGUUUUUAUGAAACUAUUAUUGGGGAUAAAGUGGAGCAGGUUAUUUAUGUAUGUACAGUUUGUUAAAGCUGAUCCUUGUUUCUUUGCAAUUAUUAUACAUACUAAUCAAUUAAACUUGUGUUCUGGUUUAUUUCUUUUCAAAGUCCACACUGUGAUUUACACAGCUGUCCCUCCCUGUAUUGUUUUCAGGAUUUAGCUGAAUGAAACCCUGUAAAUUCCAAUCUCUUAACUAUGUUCAGAGCCCUCGAUCUGAACACAAUGAUCCCAGAUGAAACAAGAGAUGAUUAGUUUCUUCUUUAUUAAGGGAAGAUGCUGAACCACACAGUUGAUCAACACAGUUGCUUUGAACUAUCAUGUAAUGGUGACAUUCUCAGAUAAUGGUCCAGCUAUGAUGAACAUUUUUCUAUCCAGGAGCAACCUCUUGUGUCUAUAAAUAAAUAUAGAAAACUGGUUCUUUGGGUGAUGUACAGAACCAAACUUGGUUGCUGAUUAAAAGUUGUUUGUUUCUUCUGCA